AUGAAGGCAUCAAUUCUCUCAACUGGGGCAAUGGCCGGAGUAGCCAUGGCAGCUGGCGUGACGCUGCCCAACGGGUGGUUUGCGAUUCCUCCCACAGCAAAAAUCGAGCCCGGAAAGUUCAAGGGCGAGCCGAGAUACCUUACAUGGAUGGCAGACUCGCAAAUUCAACACGGGGUGGAGCCUACUCUUGCAUACACGGUGUCGUCCUAUUACUCCGGCGUCAUGCUGGCAUAUGAGCGAACUGGGAAGCAGAAAUACUUGGACUACGUCAAGUAUGGAACCGACAUUCUCCUGUACCCGGAUCAAGAUGGGAGCAUAUUGAUGUACAACAAAAGCAACUCCAUCGACGACAUUCGCAUUGGCCAUACUUUUCUCGACAUUUACAACGCCACUGGAGAGGAGAUUUACAAAACGGCCGCACAAACUCUUCGUAACCAGAUUGAUCGCACUGGUCGUACUCCUGCCGGUGGUUUCUACCAUCGCUAUCCUGCCUACAUCGACCAGAUGUGGUUGGAUGGUAUCUACAUGCUCGAUGUGUACUACGCCCGGUGGACUCACGAAUUCGAGCCCAACAACAACACUGCGUGGGACGACAUUGCGCUGCAAUUUGAUCUCAUAGAUGCUGGAACCAGGGUUGAAAAGCGUACAAAUGGCCUGCCACUCCAUGGGUUCGACGUCAGCAAGACUCAGAUUUGGGCGGAUCCCGUCACCGGCGCCUCUCCACACGUUUGGGGAAGGGCUGUUGGAUGGUAUAUUAUGGCUCUUGUGGACACCUUGGACUACUUCCCCGAGAGCCACCCUGGACGAAAGCGCCUCCUCGGAUACUUGAAAUCCCUUUCCAAAGCCAUUGUCGCGGCUCAGGACAAGAGGACCAAGGGUUGGUGGCUCGUUAUGGAUCCUGGUCUGGAAGGUCGAUCCGGUAACUACAUUGAGAGUUCUGGAUCGGGAAUGUUCGUUUACGGAUUGCUCAAGGCUCACCGCAUGGGCUAUAUCAAAGAAAAAAAGUACCUCCAGGCAGCACUUGACGGCUACAAAUUGAUGACUGACACAUUUGCUUCACCACGGGGACGCGAUGAAGCUUUGGCGUACGAGUGGACUGUGCAAACCGGUAGCUUGAGUUCAAACGGAACAUUUGAGUACUAUGCUAGUAUGCCUCUAUUCGAGAACGAUCUCAAAGGCGUGGCCCCGUUCCUCUUCGCCAGCUACGAAUACGAGUUGCUUCAAAGUAAAUAG